UGUUCUUUUAUGUCGACACUAUUGUAAAAAAUUCUUGUGAAAGCACUAAAACCAAGGAAAAUUUAAAACAAAUACAUAUUUUAUUUUGCACAAGUGCACCAAUUUUCAUUUUUAACAGUUCACAAUUGGUAAUAUGCUGAGUCAAGUUUCGGGUGCCGCACCCAGUAAUGGCGGCACCCAACUGGAGCCUGGAGCGGUCACCACACCGCUACCAAUCGCUUCAGAAGCUGGUGCUGCUGCGCAACCAACGGCAAACAGCACGACAAAAGCUGCAGAAAAAAAACAAGAGGAGGGGGAAAAUACAUUGCGCCCAACAAACAGCCGCAAGUCAGGUGGCGGCUCAGUGAUGUCAAGGAACUCGGCCGGCAAUCGGGAGUUUCAGUUCUUUUUCGAGGAUGAAGUAUUUCGCAUUGAUCGCAAAGGGCGUGUCCGAUUUGGCGUUAUUACUGGCACAGCGGAAACAUAUUCCUCUGAUGAUGAAGAAGAGGAUGCUAACGAAGCACUUGGCAAAGGGGACGUGCGUGUGGCCUUCUAUCCAGAUGGCAAGGAAACAGUGCGAGCUGAAAAAUCGAUUGGUUUGGCGGAUCGAACUCUUAUGCCUGGAGAUGUGGUGCGUCGACGGUUGCCAGGCCAAAAACAAAUGAGUGGCCAGGCAGGCUAUGUGCGUGAUGUAAGCGUACGCGCUGAUGUCAAAGUGCUGGGCACUAAAUAUGUUAUAAGAAAUGUGCCCUCGGAACGAUUGCGCCCCAUUUCGGAAUGGGUUCGUGAUAUUCCAGUUUGCCUAGGUAAUUGGAUUGGCUACACUGUCAACGUGGAUGAAACUGCUGUAUUAAGAUCCAACUAUGGUGCUUUAGUUGAAAUCUCAUCGGUUGAUUUUCACAAGUUUAAGGAUGCCUUUGGACCCAGUGACCGCGAAGUGUUCAGUCCUAGCGUUUACUAUCCCAAUAAUGUGGUUAUUGGACGUUUGCCUCCAUUGGACCGUGUAACAAAUUUAACACCAGAUUUACACUUGCCAACCAAUCGCAAACGUCGCUCAAUGUACACUGUGGAGUCUGUCAAAACUACGUCAGUAACUGUGGCCUGGACUUUCAAGACAACACCACAAUUUGAUUGUGGCCACGAGACGGAUCCGCUAAAGCAACCAAAGAGCUGCAUUAAGGGCGAAGAGUUGGCCAAUGUGAAGCGUUUGAACAUCUAUGAAUCGUAUAUGCUGCAGAUUCACGAUCGCUUCUACCUCAAGUAUUCCAAAUGCGAUAGGCUUGUGAAGCAAACCGGCUGGGAGAAUGAACAGGCCAAGCUUUACCAAGGUAUAUUCCUACGGCAGAAGAGUGAUGGCGAGAAUAUUGAACAGUUAGUAAACUCUUCAGCACUGGCAUCUUCGCCUGCGGUUCCCUCUAGCUCGCGCACAUCUCAUCUUGCUAAGCUGCGACGCAUGAAUGUUAAAAGCAGCUUGCAGCGCUUGAAUCGUUCGCAAAGCGAUAAUGACUCCGCUAAAAAGCAGCGCACGAGUUACGAUGAUCCUGUGGACUCAAUUGAUGAGGAUAUCGAAGAUGACUCGACACCGGAGGUUCAUGAUGUAGCCGAGUCUACUGAGUCGACUACCGAGUCUAUUGGUACAGCGCCGACCAACACGGAGCAACCGAGCAGCGCUGUGAACUCCUAUGCCUCACAGGCGGCGCGCAUUGUGUUUCGAAAUUUUAAGCGACGCCCCAACAAAAAGAAAUCGCGUCCUAGCAAGAAGUCGUUGUUUCCCAAAAAUGAUAAUGAUCCCAAGGAUGGCGAUGAAAUGGUAGUUGAGACACUGGUCGUGUAUAGCACCCUGACGGUUGUUUGGCAGGAUGGUACCGUAGAGAAUAGCAUACCUUCAACAGAGCUAUAUCCUAUACAUCAUUUGGAUAAUCAUGAAUUCUUUCCCGGUGAUUUUGUCAGCAAGGCCAAUAAUUAUAGUCCCUCCCCGAUGGACUACGGAGUCAUUCAGUCUGUGGAUCACGAUGAGCGCAUUGCCAAAGUCAAAUGGUUCAACAUUUACGGCAAUAUGAGUAAUCCAGUUCCUUCGUGCAGGGAGACGGAAGAGCUUAGCGUUUACGAUUUAAGAGACCAUGCAGAUUAUCAAUACCGUCCUGGUACUAUGGUUAUACGCGUGUCAAAUUUCACGGGGGAGGAUCUCAAUUCGACGGCUGGACAAGUUAUCGACAAUUAUCCCGAUGGACGCGUGCGUGUUUGGUGGGCUAAAGGGCAUAUUACAAUGUGCUAUCCACAAGAUCUGUUUGAGAUACACCAAAGCGAUCAGGAACACGAUGGCUAUGAAACAGAAGAGACAGAUAAUUCUUGGGAGACCCAAUCAGAUAAUAGUCGCAGCCUAGAAGUGAGCGCCAGCAUGGGUUCCCUUGAUGUGGAGGAGCAUAUUAUUUCAGGCAUUGAUCGCGCCAACGAGGCUAUACAUCGUCUUGAGAAAAUAUUAAUGGCGCUACCGCAAGAGCGCAAAGCUGAAGUGCUCCACGAUUUGCUGGCGGUUUAUAAAAAUUGUCGAAUGCUCGAUCGUUUCCUCAAAACAGAAUUCUUUCACGUCGACUACUUCCAGGGCAUAUUGUGUGAAAAGGAGCUAGACCAGGCUAAUAAUAGUGCAACUGCUGCGCAGGCUACACCGUCAGAUGAAAGGCUCGCACAAAUGGAUACAGCUCAGACUGCAAUAGCUGCGGCCGCACAUCAGGUGGCUGUCAGUGUUUCGGAGCUAGUUGGUCCCAUAGAUGGUAGACCCCUGAUGAGUACUGGGAUAAAAAUUGAGUUACCAACGCCUGGACAGACUACAUCGACGCCAAACAAGCGCAAGUCAUCUACCCAUGUGGACGAGGUGCAAUGCAAGAAGAGCAGCGAGCGCAUCAACAUUGAUACCACUCAACAGGUUGAACUGCUAAGCAAUAUAGCUCUCUCGGAAAGCGAGACACAGUUGGGCUACAGCGAGUUGCUUAAUAAAUUCCGUAAGGAAUAUACCGAUAUGAUAAAGAAUGCGCGUGCUAGUAUUGCCAAAGCGUUUGAGAAGCGCAAGGUAGAUAAGCAAAACGAUUCUGGCGUUCACUCGCGUACGGAGAAUAGCUCUAGCGACUUCACGAUGUCCAACGAUGCCAAAGACACAGGCGAAGAGAAAGAGAAAUUCCUAGAGAAUGUGCAAGCUGAUGUCAACAUUGAAUUUGCCAAUACUGAUUCGGAUAUUUGUGAGGUGUUUUGCUUUCUGCUCCAAGAGCAAAUGGCCAAGUGCAAGGAGGCCAUUCUCGAGACUUUUAGCAAAAACAAGCUUCGAGAAAAGGACUCGGAUGAGCAGCCAGCCAGCGAUGCGGAGGAGUGCACUGAAGCUUCUGAGCCAGCACCUGGCAGCAACCCAGAGCGAGAUGAGGCCAUGGAGGAGCAACCGUUGAAUAUGAAUGCACUCUCCGAAUCGCUGCCAGCGCUCGAAACUCCAACAGCGUGCUCAUCCCCAUCGCCGACAGUGGAAUUGCCAGCGAUACCAAGCAAACCCUGCUUCACCGUGCUGCCCAAUGCACCGGCUGCGCAUUCUUUCAUAGACAAUGUCAUACAUCCAAACAGCAAGUCACUAUAUCAGCGUGCCGUGCAUCGGGAAUACGCCAUGCUGCAGGCAUCGCUACCGCCAGGCGUAUCAGUGCGCACAUAUGAAGAUCGCAUGGAUCUCAUGUCCGUCAUGAUGGUAGGACCCAAGCGUACGCCCUAUGAGAAUGCGCUCUUCUUCUUUGACUUUCAAAUGGGCGCCGAUUAUCCAAAGAGUCCGCCCACCUGUCAUUACAUAAGCUACUGCACAGAGCGCCUCAAUCCGAAUCUCUACGAAGAAGGCAAAGUAUGUGUCUCACUAUUGGGCACCUGGUCAGGCAAAGAUAGCGAAGUAUGGUCACCGCACAGCACCAUGCUGCAGGUGCUCGUCUCUAUACAGGGACUCAUACUGGUCGAUGAGCCCUACUAUAACGAGGCGGGCUACGAAAAGCAGCGCGGCACGCAACUGGGCAACGAGAACUCGCGUGUUUACAAUGAGAUGGCCAUCAUUAAGAUAGCACACUCAACUGUCAAGCAAUUGCAGAAGCCUCCGCUCAUCUUUCGCAAGGAACUAAUAGAGCACUUUACCGAAUUUGGCAAUGAACUGCAUAAUCGCAUGCUGGCCUGGUCCGAGUACUCCUCUGAAGCGCAACGACUCAAAAUAACCAGCAUCAAGGAUAUGCCCGAGCACCAUCUGGCGCCUUGCGAGAUGCCUGAGUUUCCACUGUUGCCAUGUAGUCGUGGCUUUUGCAUUGCCGUCAAGGGUGUGCUGGAGACGCUUAAGAGCGAACUGGCUGCUCUGGCGAGCAAGCAAAGUGAGCCAGAGGCAGUUGCUACAGCGCCUCGUGCUGCACCCGAGGAAGUUUAAUUGCUGCUCAACGCUUCGCAUUAAA